UACUUCCCUGUUCCUGCUCCUCCCAGUUCAAAGAUGGCAGCCAUGGGACAGAGAUGAGAGACGACACAAAUUAAGGAGUUUGGUCAUGAAACCUCAUCGGGAUGAACAGCUGUUACAUGCUUGGUUUUGACAUGACAACGAUAUAUUUUGUAGCUGCACAUGUGUUGUCCUGGCCAUACAUUUAAGGGUUUCAGAUAUAUCAUGAUUUCCUGUGAGCUAAGCUAGCAAGGAACGGUUAGCCAAUAAAUGAACCUCUCUCUUCUGGAUACUAGAAGACAGCAGCUGCUUUGCAUACGGUCUAUUGACAUACUGCAAGCCCAAAAUCAUCAUGGCCAUCACUCAGUUCCGUCUUUUCAAGAUCUGCACAUGUCUAGCCAGCUUGCUCUCUUUCUUUAAAAGGUUGAUAUGCAGGACUGGAAGGGGCCGCAAGCUCAGCGGUGAUCAAAUUACUCUCCCAACAACAGUGGAUUUUUCAUCAUCAGUACCAAAACAGCCAGAGAUUGAGGAAUGGAGCUCUUGGGAUGAAGAUGCUCCUACAAGUAUUAAGAUCGAAGGUGGAAACGGAAAUGUUUCCCCUUCACCCAACGAGGAAGAUGACGAACCGGACUACUUCAAAGACAUGGCUCCCACCAUCAGGAAAACACAGAAGAUAGUGCUGAAGAAGAGGGAGCCUUUGAACUACCCGGUGGCUGAUGGGUCGGCAGGUUUCUCCAGCAGAUUGGCCGCCUCUCAGGAUAUGAUGACCUUCAGUCCACCUUCAGCUGAGCUGGGAGAAAUGGACACCUGGCAGGAGGACGCAAACGCCUGGGAGGACGAGUCUGAUGCUGCCUGGGAGGCGGAGGGGAUGCUCAGACAACAGAAGAUGGCUGAAAGAGAAAAGCGGUCCAUGGAGCAGCAAAGGAAGAAGAUGGAGAAAGAGGUUCAGAGGAUGAUGAAGAAGGAACAAAAAAUUGCAGUCAAGCUCUCGUAACACUUUAGAAAUGCUCAGUGUUGAGCAGAAGAGAUGAAGGGGAGGGGGGCAGAGACUUUAAAUAAUUUGUUAUUCUGUCUUUUAAGUUAUCAAAACGACCAGGAUGACCACCGGCACUACUCAUCUGUAAGCAAACUCUCCUGUUUCUCCAUCCUUUUUCCACCAGCAGCCACAUUCAUGUGUUUUCUAGCUGCAGCAGUGUAACGUGCAUCAUUCUAAAGAGGAGAUAAUAUCGGUUCAUGUUGCUGGGUAAUUCUUGUCAUCAGGGGAAAACUGUAUUCAUAUUAUCUGGUUCAUCUUAGCUGCAGCAUUUAAAGACGCCAUGUGGAUUCAAACUGUACGGUUACGACGGAAAAUGAUCUACUUUGUUUUUUUGUUUUCCCCCAGUAACAUCUGUAAAUAAACAGGUACCUGUGCUACCUUUUCAGACACAAUUUGGGCAAACAA